CGCGAGUGAGUGAGUGAGUGCAAAUUAUCCAACUGAAGUGUAAAAGAAUUUAAUAAUUCUCAUCGACAGGAUGUAUGAUUGUUGUUGGUGCUGCUUCUGUUGCCAGUUUGUCGUUUCAUUUCAAUUUUGUAUCGUGUUCCCAUCAGUCUAUCAACGCUAAGCGAAAUGAUAAAUUUGAUAUUGGUGUAUCGAAUGCGUGUUUUGUCGGUGCUUCUCAUCAGUGUUCUUGUCGAUGAGCUAUAAUGCUGAAGUGAAUUUUUUUUCGGGUGCGCGUUGCAUAAAUAACAAACAACAAAAAAUCGAGUGAUGUGAAAAAACGAAGUUAAAACGCACACCUAUAAUACCAAGAAAAAAAGACAAAAAUGAAUUAAACGCUGGUGUGGCAUAUCAUAUUCGUAAAGUGCCCAUUCGAACGUAAAAUAUUGGCUUAAAACAUUUUGUUGUUUCAUUUUUAUUUAAAUUAUAUCCUUUCGGACCUAAAACACACAUACAAAAAGCAAAAGAAAAAAAACUCUUCCGUGUUGCUGUCGACUGGAGCUAAUAUUGUGUAGAUGAAUGGUGUUUCGGUAGAAGAGCCGUUAAACAGCAUUCGAAAGAUCGAGUGAUAUACACUUAUUUGUUAGAGUUUUUUUUUAAUUGUAAAUUUCGUAUAAAAGUAAAAUGACCAAAAAGUUUGAAUUCAAUUGGCAAAUUCCGGUCCCUGAGCCAUUGCUAGCGGGAAAUACAUUUGACCGAUGGACUGAAGAAAAAGAUAAUACAGAUCUCGAAAUAGCAUGCACUUUCAAAGUGGAUGAGUAUGGCUUCUUUAUCUAUUGGAAAAGUGAAGGACGGGAAGGAGAUGUUAUCGAAUUGUGUCAAGUGAGUGAUAUUAGGGCUGGUGGCCUUCCUCGGGACAUGAAAUUGCUUGACAAGCUGUGGAAUAAAUAUGGUGAAAAGUUAGAUGAACGAUCGUUGACUAUAUGUUCGGGUACGGAUUAUAUCAACGUGAAUUAUCAACAUAUUGUUUGCCCAGAUGCGGAAACAGCAAAGAUUUGGCAACGGGGCCUCCGUGAAAUUACACAUAAUAAUAAAAUAAACAAUGUUUGCAUUCGAACAAAUUUAAUGAAGCAUUGGAUGCGUCUUGGUUUUUUGGUUGAUGCAAAAGGACGUGUACCGGUUAAAGUGGUGGCACGAACAUUUGCAUCCGGAAAAACAGAGAAAAUGGUGUAUCAAUGCCUGUCGGAGCUGGGUUUGCCUAGUGGCAAAAAUGACACGAUGGAUAAAGAUGAUUUUACAUUCGACAAGUUUUAUGCGCUCUACCACAAGAUUUGUCCUCGAAACGAUAUCGAAGAGUUGUUUCGUUCGAUAACACAAGGCAAAGCUGAAUUCAUCAAUAUAGACCAGUUCAUUAAUUUUUUGAAUGAGAAACAACGUGACCCGCGAUUGAACGAGAUUCUAUAUCCGCUGUACGAUGAGAAACGUGCUCAAGAGAUUAUUGGAACAUAUGAACAGGACGAAGAGUCAAAAAGCAAAAAGCUCUUAUCUAAAGAUGGUUUCGUGCGUUAUUUAAUGUCCGACGAAAAUGCGCCCGUAUUUCUCGAUCGCUUGGAUUUAUACAUGGACAUGGAUUGUCCACUUUCACAUUAUUACAUCAAUUCAUCGCAUAACACUUAUUUGUCUGGACGUCAGUUCGGCGGUAAGAGCUCGGUGGAAAUGUAUCGACAAACGCUGUUGGCCGGCUGCCGUUGUGUGGAAUUGGAUUGUUGGGAUGGUAAAGGUGAAGAUGAAGAGCCCAUCAUCACUCACGGCAUGGCAAUGUGCACCGAUAUUCUAUUCAAAGAUGUUAUCUAUGCCAUUCGGGAUUGUGCGUUUGUUACGUCCGACUAUCCAGUUAUACUUUCGUUCGAGAAUCAUUGUUGUCGGGCACAACAAUUCAAAUUAGCUAAAUACUGUGAUGAAAUUUUUGGUGAUCUAUUGUUAAAAGAACCAUUACCAGACUAUCCAUUGGAACCGGGUUCAAGUUUGCCGCCACCAUCAGCAUUGAAACGAAAGAUUUUGAUAAAAAAUAAAAGACUUAAGCCAGAAGUGGAAAAAAUCGAAUUGGAAUUAUUCCAACAAGGUCAAUUGGCGCUUGACAACGAAGAGCCGACAGAAGAUGCAGGCGCUGUACCAGUACUUGAUAAAAAAUCAGAAGAAGUGGCAACACCAGUUGCCGCCGGUCAACCUGGUGCAUCACAAGACGGCGGCGAGGGUACCGAAAUUCCAAUCAAUUACACCGGGUCGACAACCAACGUCCACCCUUGGUUAAGUUCAAUGAUUAAUUAUGCGCAGCCAAUUAAAUUCGGCGCAUUUGAUCAAUCGGAACAAAAGAAUAUUCAUCAUAAUAUGUCAAGUUUCUCCGAAACGGCUGGAAUGAAUUUGCUAAAACAGCAGGCUAUCGAUUUUGUCAACUACAACAAACGUCAAAUGUCACGAAUUUAUCCAAAGGGCACACGUGCUGAUUCAUCAAAUUAUAUGCCGCAAGUGUUUUGGAAUGCUGGCUGUCAAAUGGUCUCAUUGAAUUUCCAAACAUCCGAUUUACCAAUGCAAUUGAAUCAGGGCAAGUUCGAAUACAACGGAAGUAGCGGCUAUUUAUUGAAGCCCGAUUUUAUGCGACGAGCAGAUAAAGAUUUUGAUCCAUUUGCCGAUGCACCGGUGGAUGGUGUUAUUGCCGCCUCGUGUGGCGUUCAAGUAAUUGCUGGCCAAUUUUUAUCGGAUAAAAAAGUCGGUACAUAUGUUGAAGUUGAUAUGUAUGGUUUGCCUUCGGACACCGUACGAAAAGAAUUUCGUACACGUUUGGUGCCAGCAAACGGUUUGAAUCCGGUUUACAAUGAAGAGCCGUUCCUCUUUCGUAAAGUGGUUUUGCCCGAUUUGGCCGUUUUGCGUUUGGGCGUUUACGAUGAAAAUGGCAAACUAUUGGGCCAGCGAAUUUUGCCAUUAGACGGUUUGCAAGGAGGUUACAGACAUAUUUCCCUACGUACUGAAGCCAACUUCCCAAUGUCAUUGCCCAUGCUGUUCUGUAAUAUUGAAUUGAAAAUCUAUGUACCAGAUGGUUUUGAAGAUUUCAUGGACGCCUUAAGUGAUCCCCGUGGCUUUAUGGGUGCAGCCAAAGAACGACAAGACAAUAUGAAGGCGCUUGGUAUUGAAGAAACGGCCGGCAGUGGUGACGCAUCGAAAUCAGAAAAGAAAGAAGAAAAACGAAUUGAAGAGCCACCAAUUGUUUUCGAUCCGAUUACAUUGGAAACAUUGCGUCAAGAGAAAGGUUUUCAGAAAAUUGCCAAAAAACAAUCCAAAGAAUUGGAAACAAUGAAGAAAAAACAUGCGAAAGAACGUGCAUCGUUGCAAAAAUCGCAAAAUACAUCAAUUGAAAAAUUAAUUAAGGGAAAGAGCAAAGAUGAAAUCAAAGCCGAUCAAAACAUUCGCAAACAUAUAACCGAUCAAUCGAGCGCAUGGGCCGAAAUGUGCGAACGACAAAAGAAAGAAGAAUGGGAAGUGCUUAAGACACAGGUGAACGAUCAACAAGACAUUCUAAAACGUUUGAUGGAAACGACACAGGCGGCACAAAUCAAACAGCUCGAAGCAAAACAUGAACGUGAUAAUAAAACUCUCAAUUCUAAUCAGGCCAAAAUUUCCGUCGAAACUGCCAAAGAGGUACUUGCCGAUAAAACACUAAAAACAAAAGGCGAAAAAGAUCGACGAUUACGUGAAAAGAAACAAAACAAUAUCAAACGAUUCAUGGAUGAGAAAAAGAAUGCGCAAAUAAAACAGGCACGCGAAAAAGAGAAACUACGCAAAACACACGAAAAACAAGUAGAAGAACUACAAAAGGAUUGCCAAAAGCUAUUGGAAAUGUAUAAAACCGAAGAUGCAGAGUACACAAAAGGAGAUCACUAUGCCUAAAUUGCCUAACAAAAACAACAACUAAAACCAAACUAAGCAAACAAAAUAUACUGUAUAAGUAUAAUGAAUAUAUUUAUUUAUUAAAUGUGACAACAAAAAGAACAUUUACAAACAAAACAAAAAUCUAGCAAAUUACAUGUGAAAACGAGACCAAGUUAAGUAUGAUUCUAUUUAUUACAAACAUAAACAAAAAUGAUCCAAUUUGUUUAGAAAUUAAUAUUAUUUAGUAGAUUGGAAAAUUUAUAUAGCAGUGAUAUACAAAUUGUACGAAUAUCUAAUGACAAUUUGUUAAAAACAAAAUUAAAGAGAAAUCAAAACCAAAAGUUUGAGUUUAUUCAUAUUAUAUGAAUCAUAUAUAUAUUAUUAUGAAUGGAGGAUAAAAGAACUAUUUGAUCAGCCAUCCAAUUAUUACGAUUUAAGACAAAUUUCUUGAUAAAUCAGCUUUUCAAUUUCAUCCGAAACUCGAUUCGAUUUGUGCCUCACUCAGCGUCCACAUGCUGAUCCAAUCAAUUUCGAUAUUUUAUUUUCCAAUUUUUCCUAUUUUCAUUUUGAAUUUCUCCUUUGUUCGUCAACAUCAUAUUUUUAAUCGUCAUUUUUUUCUAGGCCAAUAUAUAAUCUUACAUUUAAAUUCUACGAAUCAUGUAUUACCAUUUAAGUAGUCACAUUCAAUUUUAAUUCUAACCAAUCCGUUUCGAUGUCCUGAAAAUGGGAUAUUUGAACGAUUCAUGACAACAACCACAUUUUCCGUGCAGACGCGUCGCGAUGCCAAACAUUUAAUGCACUUAUUUAAGAUUCGAAUCCACUACGAAGAUUUCAUUUUCUACCCUAAUGUACCUAAUCACACUUAGAUGGCGCUUAAUAUGCUCGAGAUUUUCAACGAGUUCUGAUAUAACCAUUCAAAGUAUGGUUUGUGUCUCAAAUUGAAUCAAAAUAUGGAAUUGGAUUUGUUGUUGAUUUUUCAUCAGGACAAUACCAACACUUCAAACUAGGCCUUUAAAAGAACUUCUUAUUUCUACGCAUACACAAAUAAAAAUAAACAAAUCACACCAAAAAUACCGUCUUGUUGAACAAAAAUCCAACGAAUCUAAGAAGUAUAUUACAUUUAUUCAAAAUUUAUUCGAAUUCUAAUAGAUAUACAUAUAUAUAGAGAGAGAGAGAUAUAUGAUCAAAAGAAUGUAUUGGUCCACAAUUAAAUCUCAUUACCAUUAUAAUUAUUUAUGGAGAGAUGACAUGUUGAUUACUCAGAUGAUUUAAUUACGCAGCUAAAAAA